GUUGCAUUUCUAAAUGUAGAGAACGCAGAGUUUUUAAAAAAAAUUUUAACUUAAAGCCAUGAACGAUUUCAAAGCUUCCAAACAAAAUUUCGAUUCCAGUUACAUAUACAAAGUGGAGGAGAGGGAAGAAAGCGAGAAAAUUUUUUGCCAUUCGGAUAGGGGAUUGGUGUCGAUUGAAACAAAUGAACUGCCGAAAGUAACACGAUAUUUUCUCAAAAAUAACAAAGGGGAGCCGCAGGGAUACAUUGAAAGAAAAUUGGUACAAAAUUUUAAUCCCGAUAGAACGGGUGAGGAAGACGAAUUUAAUCCACAAAAUGUAACAAGUGACAAAGUCAUGCCUGUUCCGUACGUUGGAAAUUCGAAAAUGAAAACCGCUUCGCAUACAACAGUUGAAAGUGGAAAAAAGCUCAGCAGAUUUGAUAAAAAAUCGAUAAGAUUUCGUCCGUCUCACGAGCUGAGUAGUCCAUUAAAUAGUAGUGCAUUUGAGCGUCGAAAAAAUCAUGUACUCGAUUGCGCUUCAUCGAAUUCGGAGAGAACAUUCAACAUCAAACAACCAGCUAGUACAGCCGAUUCAUCGAUUGAGAGGAAUAUUAAACGACGGCCAGCGAAGGGAAAAUCUUUCGUUAAGUUGACGGCAAAGAGGUCACACGGAUUGUUUUGCAACGAUCCAAACAAGCGACUGAAGAAUUUAUUCACAAUCAUCAAACCCACUGAAAAGGUCAAUGAAAACGCGAACGUGAAUGUUGCCAAUGGUUACGACGCUGACUUGCUGAAUAAAACAAAGAAUUUUCUGGUUAAACUUAUCGAUGAUGAGCUGCAACGAACACAUCUAUCAGAUGAAGACGCCGCUAAAGACGUUAAAUUGCAUUGUGGUAAUAUGAUCGACAGACGCACUUUGAAGAAGUUGAAAUUGGAUUGCAUCGCUAAAAUCGAGGAAGAACUAAGACUGAUGAAGAGACUACAAAUUUGACGAAAGUUCACAAGUUUUCGUGGAUUAAAUAAAGGUCGCCUCAGCUUCGUCACCAA